AAUUGUUUCAUCAUGGCGACGCUUGGGAACACGUUUUUUCGGAAUUUCUUAUUUUGUAGAAAAUCAAAGACUUUAAAACAAUUCCAUGUAAUUUCUCAUAAUUUAUCGUCGAUCAACCGGAUGGUUGGUUGUGACAAAAUUUUAGAAGUUGGUCGACUACCUUUAGUUCGGCAGAUAACGGGACAACAACUCGAUCUACAGAAACGAAAAGUUUUGUCCUCUAACCAUAAUCUCUUCUGCUGUCCUUCUCGGUUUGCAAGCAUUUACCGUAAUAACCAAGGAGCCAAACAAAAUCGACCCAAGGCGCAGACCACAAUUGAUGAAGAAGAAAUUGAAAAGUUUUCAGCUCUUGCUCAGCUCUGGUGGGAUGAAACUGGAGAGUUUGAGGCCUUACACUCCAUGAAUAGCGUUAGAGUACCGUUUAUUCAAACCACUUUGCAAAACGCUGCAAACGCAAACCGUGUUCCUUCAAAAUCUCUGCAGGGUCUAAAAAUCUUGGAUGUUGGAUGUGGUGGUGGUAUUUUUGCUGAGCCAUUGGCAAGAUUAGGUGCAACAGUAAUUGGUAUUGAUGCGUCUGAAGAAAAUAUCAGAAUUGCUCAAAAUCACUUGAGGAAUGAUCCCAACAUUGUGUGUAAAGUGAAAUAUAUCCAUUCAACUGUGGAAGAUGUUGUUGCUACAGAAGGAAACACGUUUGAUGCAGUCGUAGCCUCUGAAGUUGUUGAGCAUGUUGCAGACGUGGACACUUUCAUUGAAUCCUGCUGCAAUUUGGUGAAGCCUGGUGGUUCCCUCUUUCUGACUACAAUAAACAAAACAGUGUCUUCCUAUUUGCUUGGUGUGCUGGCUGCCGAACGUCUGCUACAUUUAGUUGCUCCAGGAACUCACAAUUGGAAUAAAUUCAUAUCUCCAAUGGAUCUUCAAUAUAUUAUUGAACGGAAUAAUUUGGUCACGAGACUUGUUCAUGGAUUAAAAUACAACCCACUUACCAAAAAAUGGAAGUGGUCUUCAGACACUAGCAUCAAUUAUGCCAUCCAUGCCAUUAAACCAAAAUCUUGAGAUUUAAAAAAUGCAGCCAAAAGACACAGAAUAAAGAAAAAUAUCUUUAUUAAACUUUACAAUUUAUAAAAUAAUUUUGGACGUGUGUGUAUGUAUAUAGAUAUAGGAAAUGUGUGUGUGUGUGUGUGCAUGUAUAUAUAAUCAAAUGUCGUGUUUUGUGAUCUCAGCAGAUGCAUUCAACCCAGACAGGUUCACAUUCAGAUUACACAAUUAAGAACCAAACAAAUUCAAACAAAAAUAAAUCCGUUUAGAACGA